GCCUACUGCACUAGUCUAAGGAAUGGGGCGUUUUCGCUGAGCUAUAUAGCGCAUUCAUCGGGAACACGCCUUGACAUUACCGCCACGGACUAAAAAGAACCCGCACGGACCUCACGGGGAUUUACAUAUAAUCAGAAUGGUCAUUAUAAUCGAAGAUCUGGGGGAAUUUCAAAAAGCCUUGAAGGAUGCGGGUGAUAAGCUGGUUGUGGUGGACUUCACCGCUACAUGGUGCGGGCCCUGUCAAGUGAUCGGUCCUAAAUUCAAAGCACUCUCGGAGAACCCAGAGUACCAGAACGUUGUGUUUCUGAAGGUGGAUGUGGACGAAGCUCAAGAUGUUGCUGCCUCCUGCAGCAUUGAGUGCAUGCCAACAUUCCACUUCUACAGAAAAGGAGAAAAGAUUGAUUCUUUUUCCGGAGCUGCUGAGCAAACCCUGAAGGAAAAACUUAAUGCUCAUAAAUGAGUCUUCCUUCUGAUCCUGUGCAAAGAACUGAUCUUCCAUCAAUGGCUAAUAUUCCAAAUUUGGCAUUUUGUGUACAAUAAAAAGUCAAAAGUCAAUGACAAA